AUGAGAUAUUCGCCUCACGUUCUUGUGGCAAAAACCCCAAGCCGAUUGCGACAUUCACGUGUACAUGUGAAAUCCAGCAGUCGACAGGUUUCGCCCGUUGAACGACGUCUUCAUGAAAAACGAUUACUUGCUAAAAUAAUUGAAACUAAAAAAAGAAGACUAAAGUUAGAACAGAUUUACAAGAUUUACUUAAAAUUCGUAAAAGCUCUGGAAAACGAACUGCGUAUACAAGAAAGGGAAGUGCAAAAUGCUCUCGACAAAUUGAUGCAGAUUCUAGCAAGUGAAGAAACCUCUGAAGGAUCGAAGCACUAUGGGAUUCUCCUAGAAGCGGGAGAUACAGUAACUGAUAUCAGUGGAUUACACCCGUUGGAUACGGAAGAACUUUGCCCCUUAUCAGAUUCUACAUUAUCCCCUCAGACCCUAUCCAAUCGCAACUACUUGGCUUCAACUCUUGACCCCCUUAAAUGA